UAAGAUUCCAAAGCGCCAAACUCCCCCUAAAUUUCUUACACCUUUCCGUUGUAUUGCUGUUUAAUUUCUUUUGCUUCUUCAUCCAUGCAUUUCUUUUAUGCUGCUUCGUUUUCUCAUCGCUCAUUCUUCUUGAUUUGAUUGAUAAUUAACUUCUUGUUUGGCAUCCACAGUCGAUUCUCAAUUACCUGCAGGUUUGGCCAUCCACAACAUUUUCCGUUUUUCUGUAAAUCUCCCCAGUGCAAGGCUAUUCAUUCUUCUCCAAUUCAGUAUCUUUACUCCAAUUUCGGAAAAUCCAUCCCGUUUGACAAUCGGGAUCCGAGAUUCUUCUUGAUUAUUCAUGGCGUUUACUCUGCCUUACACGCCAAAUUCAUCUUCUCCAUUCGAUCUCUGCUUUCUUACCGUAUUUGUACUCGAAUCACCGUCCUCUACAAGCCUAACUCUUCAAUUAAAGUCCAAUCUCAUCUCAAUUCGAAAAAUACCGAUGCAAUCAGAGAAUCCACAACUCGUCUGGCAAUGACCUCGUUCCUAGGGCAAAUCAACAUCUCGGACUCGCGAAACAGGAUGAUCGACGAGAGGAAGAGGAAGAGGAUGCAAUCGAAUCGAGAAUCCGCUCGACGAUCGCGAAUGAAAAAGCAGAAGCGAUUUGAAGAUCUAACAAGCGAAGUGAGACGAUUACAGAAUGUGAACAGUCGGAUUGUAGAAAGCAUCAAUGGAAGGGAACAAGCGAGGAUUGAAAUCGAAUCGAUUAAUAAUAUUUUGAGAGUCGAAGCAAUGGAAAUGACGUACCGACUCGGGGCCUUGGAUUUGGUGCUUCAAAUCGUCGACGAUGCGGAUGCUCUUGGGGUUGAUGUUCGUGAUCCUCUGUUGGAACCUUGGCAACACAACCAGCAAAUGCCGCUGCCGACGGCGGCGGAUUACGAUAUGUUUAUGGUUUAAUGCAAAUUUAACAUGUAGAAUCUUGUAAGAGCCAAAAAAAUAAUUAGGAUGGAGAUA